AAUAAUCUCAAUCAAAAUUCACCUGCGAGAAAUUCGUUUCCAUCAUCUUCACCAUGGCAACCGACAAGCUUCACACAAAGCUCAACGAAUGGUGGGAAGUUAUCCGCGCUCUCAAGCCCGAUUCGCCCCAAGAGGACUGGGAUAAGUUCAGCUCCUACCUCAGCCCUUCCGCGGUCAUCUACUACAACGGAUUGAGUGCGCCUCCUGCCCGGGGUAUCGAUGAAAUCGUGGCCGAAAUGAAGAAGAUCCUGGGGUUUUGGAACAUCGUUGAGCGUAGGGUGGUGUCAGAGGGCACGGAUGCGGCUGGGAAGACAGUCUUUUGCAGCAUGAACAACCGGCUGAUGAUUCUUGGGGAGGAAAUCGACUAUCCAGAAACGGUUGUAAUUACAUUCGAUGACCAGGACCGCAUUCUCGAUCAGAAACUGUACAGCGAUCGGGCAAUCAUUGGGGAGAUUUUUCAGAGGAAGGCUGCUUCUGCUUGAUCCAACUCGUCAAGGGGACAGAAGGGUUGACGGGAGUGGGCUUAGACUGUGUAAUCGGUAAGGUCGGCUGAGCAAUACAAUGAUACGGUGUCAAAUCCGAAGUACGAUGUAUUGCUUUAUACAUACUUGCUACGGAGUGUGAAUUGUG